ACAAGAUCUGCUUAUUGCGCUCUCGUUCGCUCGAGAGCAGAAGAUCAAUUUCAAUCGAUCCACCACCCACAGAAGUCGGGCAAACGGAGUUCGCCUUUUUUGUCGACGAAUCGUAGUUUACUGACAUCUAUCGGAACUUCCGGAGUUUAUUUAAUUUCAUUUUAUAAUGGAGAAUGAAAAUACAACUAGUGAGAAAUCUCUUGCAGACAAACAUGCUGAAAGAAUGAAACGUUUACGGGAACUUCACACGAAAAGAAAUGAGGCCAGACAACAAAACCAUAAAGAAGUAGUAGAGGAAGAUAAAAGGAAUAAACUUCCUUCAAAUUGGGCAUCACGUAAAAGACAAGCAGAAUGGAUUAUACAAGAUGAAGCUGCAAGAAAAGCUGCUCAAGAAAAAGGAGAAGAUUAUGAAAGAAUGAAAUUACUUCAUAUCGAUGCAACAGAAGCAGAACGUAUAGCGAGAAAGAAAAAAAAUAAGAAAAAUCCUGAUCCAGGUUUUUCAGAUUAUGAACAAGCAGCUAUUCGUCAAUACAAUAGGCUAGUAAAGAAUAUUAAACCAAACAUGGAUUCGUACGAAGAAGCUAAAGAUAAAUUAGGUCCAGCUUUUUAUGGAGAUAAAAAUACUAUAUUACAUGGUCUUCAUGAAGAUAAAAAAGAAGCUGUUGACAAAAUGGUUGAAGACUUGGAAAAACAAAUUGCAAAGAGAGAUAAAUAUAGCAGAAGAAGAAUGCACAAUGACGAUGCUGAUAUUGACUACAUCAACGAACGCAAUGCUAAAUUCAAUCAAAAAUUAGAAAGAUUUUAUGGUGAAUACACGCGUGAAACAAAGCUAAACUUGGAACGGGGUACAGCUAUAUAAUAUGUUGGCUGCAACUUUUUAUUUAAUUUAAAUAGUGAUUGUAUUUACAGUUUUUAUGUUUCCAAUGUAAUUUACGUUAUACCACCCAACUAUGCACUGUCCCUAAAAAUAAAGCAAAUAUUUUUUACAUCA